AUGACAUUGAUGGCCUUUUCGGAAGCCAGGCGCCCGCAGUCAGCCGCGCAAGGUCUUCGUCAGCAACUCCGAAACCUACCGUACGUGGCCGUCACUGAAGGACAGCGCUUUGGCGGACGGCCUCAGCAUGGCGAAGGUGCACGGACAAAGUCCGUUGACAAAGCUUCCGAAAGCAUUGCGCAUUUGGAACGCAUGGCUGAGCGUGGAGACCUGCCGCCAGUGUGUUUGCUGCUGCGGUGUUUACAGCACCUGGGGUCCCUUGAGUUGGGCUGUGUGGGUGGCGAUGCCCUCCUGUGGAUGGUAUCUCCAGUGUUGGAGGUGGCUAGAAGACGAAUUCAGCAGGACAGCCAUGAGCGUUUUGCGCUGCAAGCGGAAGCCGAAAGCUUGCGACAGACUGUGGAGAAAAUAGCCAUGCAGGUUGAGGACCAGCAAUGCUUGCAACAGCGAACGCAGGAUCGCUUUGAAGCACUUCUGAAGCGACAUGAGCAGCAAUUGGAGGCGUUCAGAAGUGAGGUCACAGCGCUCAAAAGGCAACGUUCGGAUGUCGAGGUGAAACGUCGACAGCUGGACACUGAGGCGCUUGCUGCUGAACGGCUUUGGAAAGCCGAGUUGCAACAGUUGGAGGAAGAGCGCUGGAGUCUGGAGAAGCAGUUGGAAAAUUUGGAAGAACAGAUGUCCUCCUUGGCUGCUCCCCGGCAGCGGGCACAGGACCGAUGUGUUGAGUUGACAGAGAAGUUGGAACUGCUGCAACCAGACCUUCAAAAGAAGGAGACCUUGCGGCAGACCAACUUACGUAUAGAGGGUGAGAUCGAAGACCUUGAGAGGGAGAUCGCGCAGCUUGAGAAACGAAAGAAGCGACCCAGCCGGAUUGGGAUGAACGCAAAGCAGCACAAGAAGUCAACCCUGCGCUGA